AUGGCACUCACACACACUGAUUUAGAGCAGUUGAUCGAGCCAUGCGUCACUGUGCCCCAUAUUGAACGGGAAAUAAAGCAGCCCCGGGGGAAAUCUCCGUCCAGCCAGUCGAAACGUUGGACCCUACGCUACCAUGUAUCAAGCAACGGGUCCGCACUUCUUCGCAGUGCUGGUGACUAG